AUCAUUUUUCAAAAUGGAGACCCCGUUCAUUUGGGAUCAAAAUUCGCAGGUUUCAUCCAAUAACAUGAAUAUCCAACAGCAACAAGGAACAUCAUUCCAGCCAAACUGGGACUAUCCAGCACCCCAACUUGACCCUCUUCACCAGCAAAAUAAGCAGACGUACUAUCAGAAUGACUACCAGCAGAACUUCCAACAGAAUAACUCUUGGCAGGGACAGGACCAAAACUAUCAACAAUAUCAAUUUACCAAUUUAAUUGCGUCAGACCAAAUUCAGGAAAUUGGACAAAAUUUCCACAAAAAUACAACAAUGCACGACGAAUUUCAAAAAGCCCAGUAUAAUCUCAUCGUGGACGAACCAAUGGAUGAUGGGCAGCAGGCACGGGAUGAAGGUCCUCUGGAACCUAUAACAUCCUAUUUUCCGGCACAGUUCUGUCAGGGAACGGAGGACCCGGUGAUUCAGUAUGGCUACACACAUCCAUAUACGCCAUGCAACAAUAACAAUAACAAUGGCAAUGAAUAUAUUCCCACAUACAAUUAUGAGAAUGAGGCUCCGUGGGCAAAACUGGAACCCCUUACUCCGAUUCUUGAUGUUAGCCCUGCUGCAUCUGUCCAAUCAAAAGUUGAUGGCAAUCACAAAAAAGAAAUGGCGAAGAAAUACUCUGCAAAAUGCUUGGAAAAGAAGAACGUGGCACUUAAAGAGAAAAUGAAAGAUGUCGAAUUACAAUCAUGGGAGGGAAAGCGUUUAGCCAAGGACAUCAUUGAAAAUGAGCAACACCUCCAGACAGCUGUGAACGUUGUGUUGAUCCCAUUCUUGGGUGAUAACAAUUCCAACAAUUUCAACAUUUCUCAAGAGGACGUUAAGCAGUGUUUUAGAAGAUUUGUGGAUGGGAAGAAAAUGAUUAGUUAUGAGACUGGGCAGUGUAUGGAAGGAGAUGAAGCGCUCAGAGCUCAAAAGGAAAAAGUCGACGUUGCAACUGAAAACUUUGAAAUUGCGAAGAAAAACAAUCGGAAUAAGAAGAUGAUGGCAAAAAUAGAGAAAGUUGACGAAAAAACAUUUGCCACGCGUCAACAUCGUACAAAGAAGAUCAAGGAGACGAUUGACUAUGAGUAUCAAAGCAUGCUGUUGAACUAUGAAGUGUCAAAGAACUGUACGAUUACGAAUCUUUGGACGCAAUGCUGGAAUUCACUUUUACCCUAUGUCAAAACCAUCAUAAACUACAACCAGGAUAACUUGAUAUCUUUUGCACAGAGCCGGGGACAGGAAAAGCAACUGCAACAGCUUAUUGAAAAGAUUAUGAAAGAGAGUGAACAGAAUGAGAAUAAUUUUUUCCCCGGAUAACUUUUCAUUAUUCAUAUUUGUGUAAAUGUAUUUGUUUUACAAUCAGGAAAAACUUGUACAUUAGCUCCCAUGGAAUUUCAGAUGACCCAAUCCUACUCCGCAAUUCUUAUUUGUUUAUAUUGUUACCGAAUAAAAUUUGUAUAAU